AUGCCUAAUUAUUUCAUUUCUGAUGCAGAAGACACUGGGGUCAACUGCAAAGAGAAAAACAUGUUAACAAUCAUCGUGGUUAUAUUCUCGGUGAUCGUAACCACAAACACCAUCCCGCUUAAUCCAUCCAUAGAUAACGAUCCAUUAAUAUUCAUAUCGAACCCUAUAGAAGCUCACUUCCCAAGCCACUGGAUGCCACUGAAAUCUGUUAAAUCAAACACUAAAAUAAGGCCUACUGAGAGAGUAAUUAAACCUAAAACGCCUAAAACUGUUACCAAAGCUACUACUAAAGAAGCAACCACUAAUGAAGUAACAAACACUAUAACUAAUGCAGAGAAAACUAAAAGGCCUGAAGAAACAACGGCUUAUGAAGUAAGAAGCCCUGAAACUACAAAUAAGGCAACGAGACAUGAAAAUACUCUCAAUACAGUGUUGCCGAAUGUGCUACUUGCAAUAACCACCGCGGUCACAAGCGUCGGUGCGGCCCCCUUACAACAGGACAUAAAAAACGACCCUCUGGUGUUCAUCUCGAACCCUAUAGAAUCCGAGUUUCCUGGACACUGGAUCCCCGAGAGGAUCCUCAAAAGAAUUUUAAAUAGACCAAAUAACCCAUCUACAAAAGAACCGUUGAAAGCUACAAAACAACGAUUGAGAGCAACAAAAUCUAUUAUUGUACCCAAAACUGUUAAGCGUACGACUCCAACAAUUCCAACAACAACUGAAAAACCAACAACUAAGGAACCUACAACUGAAGUACAAACAACCACUCCCGAAACUCCCGAAACAACGCCAAUACCAACCCCAACAACAACACCCGCCACAACUCCAACAACAACAGCAGAACCAACGACAUCAACAGAACCAACUACAACAACAGAACCAACAACAACGACAGAACCAACCACAACCACAACAGAACCAACAAAACCUACAAGAUCAACCACAACAACGACCCCCGUGGGGUCUAAUACUGCUGGUGACAAUGUAAAUGGAUAA